UUUGAGAAUAUCAGACUAAAACCAAAUAAGGAAAGAUAUAUUCCUGGCAGAAACAAUCAUAUGUUCUUGGUUGCAUGGUCAAGUGUAUGUGACUAUGAUUGUUAUUCUUCAUCUGGGUUUUUGCCUACAGGAGGUUGGUGGUAUGAGUAUGUGUCGCAGAAAAGCGCUAACCCUGCUGAGCAGUGUGUUCGCAGUGUGUGGCCUGAGCCUGCUGGGUAUAGCUGUUAGCACUGAUUACUGGCUCUACCUAGAGGAGGGGGUCAUCUUGCCUUUCAACCAGAGCACCAGCAUCCACACGUAUCUACAUUCUGGCCUGUGGAGACUCUGCUUUCUGUCAGGAGAGGAGAUGGGCCGCUGCUUCACCAUAGAGUAUCUUAUGCCUAUAAGCGUGCAACUCACCAGUGAAUCUACAGUCAGUGUCCUGAAGAUGAUUCGCACAGCCACCCCCUUCCCCCUGGUCAGCCUCUUCUUCAUGUUCAUCGGCUUUGUGCUCAGUAACAUCGGACACAUUCGCCCUCACCACACAGUACUGGCCUUCGCUUCUGGAAUCUUCUUCAUCCUCUCAGGCCUUUCUCUGGUGGUGGGUCUUGUUCUUUACAUCUCCAGCAUCAAUGAUGAGAUGUUGAACAGAAGUAAAAGUAAUGAGGCCUAUUUCAGCUACAGAUACGGCUGGUCCUUUGCCUUUGCCGCUAUCUCCUUCCUACUGACAAAGAGUGCCGGCGUCAUGUCGGUCUAUCUGUUCACUAAGCGCUACACGGCCGAGGAGUUGUACAGGCCUCAUACAAGCUUCUACCGGCAGCGUUUCAGCAACUGCUCCGAGCACUCGACUCAGUUUCUGCAGCGCCACCACAGUCCCUCAGACAUCUCCAGUGAGGCCUCACUCCAAAUGUACAGCAGCUACCCAGCCCUGCUCAAGAGCCCUAAGUAUCAAGAAGUCUCCUCUUCACUCUGCUAAACGCAGACAGA